GAGGCUGAAUCCUUAGUAGACAUCCUUGGUUGGAUUGACAUCGUGUGGUCUUCUGUAAACUGUCUCUGCUGUCAGCGGGGUUCCCGGUCUGAACCAGAAGGGGUCCUGGUCUGAAGUCGAGGAGAUACCAAUGGAUCAACAGCCGGGCCAUGGCGACGGGAGGACUCUGGUCUGCGCUGAGCUCGGAGGAGGCAGAGCUUCCCUCGUCUCGGUGUCCUUUAACUUCAUUAACUCCAUCAUAGGCUCGGGAAUCAUCGGUCUGCCCUAUGCCAUGAACCAGGCUGGUCUGCCGCUGGGCCUGCUGCUGCUGGUGGGUGUUGCUGUCAUCACAGACUACUCCAUCAUCCUCCUGAUAAAGGGGGGCAACAUGUCGGCCACCAGCAGCUACCAGGCGCUGGUCCGCAGCGCCUUCGGCCGCCCCGGGUUCCUUCUGGUAUCCCUGCUGCAGUUCCUCUACCCCUUCAUAGCGAUGGUGAGCUACAACAUGACGGUGGGUGACACGCUGACCAAAGUGUUCCAGAGGAUCCCUGGAGUCGGUCCGGACCACAUGCUGGCAGAACGCAGCGUCGUGAUCUCCAUGGCAACCGUCCUGGUGACCCUCCCCCUCUCCCUGCCUCGCCACAUCGGACAGCUCGGGAAGGUGUCCCUCCUCUCCAUGGUGCUGACCCUGGCCAUUCUGCUGGUAGUGGCGGUGCGGGCCGCCACCCUGGGCCCUCUGAUACCCCCUACAGAAGAUGCUUGGGUGUUUGCUAAGUUGAAUGCCAUUCAGGCCGUUGGCGUCUUGUCCUUCGCCUUCAUCUGCCACCACAACAGCUUCCUGAUGUACCACUCCCUGCAGCGCCCCACGCUGAGCGCCUGGCUCAGGGUCACCCACGUCUCCGUGGGGACCGCCGCCGCGGCCAGCGCCGCCUUCGCUGUGGCCGGCUACACAACCUUCACCGGACACACACAAGGGGAUAUCUUUGAGAACUACUGCAGAGAGGAUGACCUCGUGACCUUUGGCCGCUUCUGCUUUGGCCUCAGCAUCAUGACCACCUUCCCUCUGGAGUGCUUCGUCACACGAGAGGUGCUGUCCAACGUGUUCUACCAGCGAGAGUUGUCCUCCCUGGAGCACGUGGCUCUCACCCUGCUGCUGGUGGCCUCCAGCUGCACCCUGUCACUGCUCUACGACUGCCUGGGCCGGGUGAUGGAGCUCAACGGGGUCCUCAGUGCCAUCCCGCUGAUCUUCAUCCUGCCGUCGGCGUGUUUCCUGAAGCUGUCUCCGGGCCGCUGGUUCCACUCGGAGAAGCUGCUGCCCAGCUUGCUGCUGCUGGCCGGGGGCGUCCUGGUGCUCAGCGGCCUGGUGCUCAGCGGCCUGUUCUCCCACAGCUGCACCCACGGGGACGAGCCCUCGUACUGCAACGCCUCCAGAACCGCGCCGCCCGGCUAGGGGGCGGGGCCUCCUACUGCAACGCCCCCAGCACCGCGCCGCCUGGCUAGGGGGCGGGGCCUAAUAUCGCCGUUUGAAGGAACCUUGUGAUGUUGUCAUUGUAAUAAAUAUUUGUACUCAUACUGCAGAGAGUUUGUAUGGGUUGGUAUGAGUCAAGGAUCACACAGAGUGCAAACAACAUUCAAUCCAAGCAUUCGAUAGCCGAACCACGAUACAGACAAGAGGCUAAAUGAACUAGGCCACCGGGCAUUCUGAUUGGAUGAGGUAACACAGUCCGGUGGCUCAUAAUGAACCAACUGCAUAAUCAUUUAACCAAAUGAUCUACAUCACUUCCUUUCAGUCUUGAGCAGCGUAAAAUAAGUUUUAAGUACAUCAAAUGUCACAAUAUUAAUCACGCUGGAUAGCUUGGAUUUGAUGGUAUUUGGGACUUUCUGCAGAUGCAACCUGAUUGUGCGGUGUAUUGUGUGUCUGGAUUCUCAAUGGGUGAAUAAUACGCCGCCCAAAGAGACCAAGAGGGGAGUUGAGCUGGACCACAGACGGCCCGGGACACCAAGAAGGAGGUG